AUGACCUUGCAUCAGCCUCUGUCGUCGCUCUUUAUCGCCUAUAGCCAUUUCCGAGCACGCGACUAUGCCAGCUGCAUCCAGCUCUGCAACGAGCAGCUCGUGCAGAACCCAAAAGACCAGGCCGUCUGGGUACUGCGAGCCAAGGCUCUGAUCCAGAUCGAGUCGCUUCUCGAGUCCGAGUUCAACCCUGACGAUGCCGCCUCGGCCCUGGAUCGCGAGUCACUCUCUGCUCUGCCCAGGCCCGGAACAUCAAUUUACCACCCCACGCAUGCGGACGCUUCGGCCGAUCCGCUCCUCCUCCAUGGCGGCGAGCAACCCGCAAGCCAGGCCAUUCGCCCCACCACCCAGCUCGGCCGUCCGCUCACAGGCUUCUCACGGCCGCUGACCCGCAACGCUCCCACGCGAGGCGAAAGUAGCCGUGCCACAGCGGUUCAGCGGCCGCCGACCACCACAGCAGCGCUACAGAGCUCAUCCGGUCGUCUGGUGCGCCUGGGCACUGCUUCGCUGCUUCCUUCGGGGACUGGCAGUGCCGGAUGCGCCGAGAUUGAGAAGAUGGACAUGCGCAUUGUCGCAUCCAAGCCGGGCCUUUCACGAGUGUUUUUUCUGUACCUCUUCCACGUCGUCAAGAAUCCCAGAAAGGCCCUGGAGCUCGCCACACACUCCAUCACACACCUCGGCUACAAGGACGGUUGGUGGAAAUACCAGAUUGGGCGAUGCUUUGCCAAGCUUCGAAUGUGGCGGGAAGCCGAGCGACACUUGAAGAGCUCGCUCGCCGACCAAAGCAUGCCCGUAGUCUAUCAGUUGCUGGGACAGGUGUACAUGCAUCUGGACCAGCCCAAUCUGGCCCUGGAGAUUUACAACAACGGCAACGACUUGAACCACAGCGCGUCGAUUCUGCUGCUGAUCGAGCUCGCCCGCACCUACGAAGAUCUGGGCAAUGUUGAGAUGGCGAUGAGACAUUAUCGGAUGAUACUGCAACUUGACCACUCGCACCUGGAGGCACUGGCUUGCCUCGCAUCGUCGCAUUUUUACAGCAACCAGCCCGAGAUUGCCCUCAAUCUCUAUCUCCGCUUGCUCAAGAUGGGGGCUCCAAAGAGCUCCGAGCUGUGGAACAACAUUGGAUUGUGUGCCUUCUACGCCAGCCAGUUCGAUGUUGCAAUGGAGUACCUCCAGAGAGCACUCGAUGCGGCGAGCCAAGAUGAGCUUCUGGCCGAAAUAUGGUUCAAUAUUGGCAACGUUGCAUGCAGCAUGGGCGACCUGACGCUGGCCCACCGAUCGUUCCGCCUCUCCGUGGCCGCCAAUCCCAAGCACGGCGAGGCCUGGAACAACCUGGGGGUCAUGGAGUUCCAGAUGAACGACAAUCUCGACCGAUGCAAGAGCCACCUCGUCUCAGCCUCGCAGCUGGGGCCGCAUUUGUAUGAGCCACACUAUAACUUGGCGCAACUCUUCCUUUCCCAGGGCGACAUCCAGUCCUCGCAUCGAUAUGCGAGCUUGGGCCUCGAGAUCUUUCCAGGCCAUGUCGAGGGCAAGGAGCUGCGCGAGACACUCGACGGUCUCUUGGUUGUCGGAUCAUGA